CAAUAGAGUUUAGCAGCAAACUAGCUUAGCUAGCACCCAAAUCUAGAGGUGAAGACAUGGCAUUAAUUAAAGCCUCUUCCAUCUUCUUCUUUUGCUUCCUUGCUCUGGCUAGCUUCUUAGCUUCCAUUGAAGGAACUCAACCUACCCAUCACGUUACUCAUCUUAACAGAUCCACUUUUCCAAAAGAUUUCAUUUUCGGUGCUGGCUCAGCUGCUUACCAGUCUGAAGGAGCAGCACAUAUAGAUGGAAGGGGACCUAGUAUAUGGGAUGUUUUCACAAGGGAACAAAAAGAAAAAAUUGCUGAUGGUAGCAAUGGGGAUGUAGCUGAUGACUUUUAUCAUCGUUAUAAGGACGACAUCAAAUUGAUGAAAAAAAUUGGUUUGAAUUCCUAUAGAUUCUCCAUUUCAUGGUCCAGAAUAUUACCAAAAGGCAAGCUCAGUGGGGGUGUGAAUCCCCUCGGCAUCAAAUUCUACAACAACCUCAUCAACGAGCUCCUUGCCAAUGGUCUCCAACCCUUCGUCACACUCUUCCAUUUCGAUUUACCACAAGCACUUCAGGAGGAGUAUGGUGGUUUCUUAAGCCCAAAAAUAGUGAAAGAUUUCACGGACUUCGCGGAUAUUUGCUUCAAAUCAUUCGGUGAUAGAGUGAAGCUUUGGGCCACCAUGAACGAGCCCAAUGGGGCGGCCAUAAACGGGUACAGUAGUGGUAUCGGAGCACCCGGUAGGUGUUCCAGCUAUGCCGGAAACUGUACCGCCGGUAACUCGGCAACUGAGCCCUAUAUCGUUGCCCACAAUAUGCUUAUUUCCCAUGCUUCUGCUGUCAAAUUAUACAGACAGAAAUACAAGCCAUACCAGAAGGGUCAAAUUGGAAUUACACUUGUGACCCAUUGGUUUGAACCAAAACACAACACAUCUUCUAGCCGUUUGGCUGCAUCCAGAGCCCUUGAUUUCUUUUUGGGAUGGUUUGCCCAUCCAAUAACAUACGGUGACUACCCAGAAAGUAUAAAAUCUAUUGUGGCAAACAGACUGCCCAAGUUCACAGGAGCUGAAGCUAAGUUGCUAAGAGGUUCUAUUGAUUUCUUUGGAAUAAAUUAUUACACCACAAAUUAUGCAGAAAGUGCUCCUUUGGCGAGUCCUCUCAACCGCAGCUAUGUUGCUGACAGACAAACCACUCUCACCACUGAGAAGAAUGGAAAACCCAUUGGCACUCCGACUGCUUUGAGCUGGCUUUUCAUCUAUCCACAAGGACUUAAAGAUCUUUUGGUCUAUAUUAAGAAUACCUACAAGAACCCACCAAUUUACAUUACAGAAAAUGGAAUGGCGGACGUGAGAAACGAUUCUAUACCUGUUAAAGUGGCUAUCAAGGACAGCUUGAGGAUAAGAUACCAUCAUGGCCAUAUCUCGUCUGUUUUGCAAGCUCUCAAGCAAGGUGCUAAUGUAAAAGCAUACUUUGUAUGGUCAUAUUUCGAUGACUUUGAAUGGGAUGCUGGCUUUACGGUUCGUUUUGGCAUUUGUUAUGUGGAUUUCAAGGACAACUUGAAAAGAUAUCUAAAAUAUUCGGCCUACUGGCUUAAGAUGUUCCUCCUUAAUUAAAUGGAGAAUAAUUUAUUUGUAUGAGUGAGUCAUGGAAUCAUGAGAGAGUGAAGCCAAAUAAGACGUGACAAAAUCUUUGUUAUAAAGAUAUUUGGCAUUUGUGCGUGUUCGUUUGUACUUUUGUUGCAUUAUGCACCAAGAUUUUCCAACUGCCCAAUGUUAUCAAUAAAUUAUUAAUAUGUUUAGCUCGUC